UACCGGCAUACGUCAAGAUAACGCGGAAGUUUAAUCUUAAUUAGAUGACAAUCUAAUUACAGGUGCUGGUGACUGCGCCAAAAACGUGCACUCAUUUGGGAUUUUUUUCCUCCUGCACGUCCAACUUUUCUUAUUCUCCUCUUCACGGUCUGACCCUCGCUUGCCGGUUCGUAUCAAGGCUCUCCGCUCAUCACUUGGAUCUCCUGUGCUGUAAACCCGGAUCAGCGGUCUUAUCUGUGAUGGGGGCAGCGGCGGAGGUGGGGAGCUUCGUCAACGGAUUUCUGGACAGCUUUGGCCCCGCGGGUGCAGCUCCGGCUCCCGUUGGUUCUCAUUUCGUUCUCACCCCAGCCGGGGCGGUGGACUACAACUCGGUGAACGGACUGAUGAUGGGGCAGCAGCAUGACCACCUGGUCUCCGCGGAGAGGCUGUCCCGGAGCCUGGCGGACCUCAGCCAUCUGAAGGGGAUUCUGAGGCGGCGUCAGCUCUACUGCAGGACCGGCUUCCACCUGGAGAUCCGGCCCGAUGGCACCGUGCAGGGCACCAGGAAAGACCACAGCAGAUUCGGUAUUUUGGAGUUCAUCAGUCUAGCUGUGGGACUGGUAAGCAUCCGAGGAGUGGACAGUGGCCUCUACCUUGCCAUGAACAACAAGGGAGAGCUGUACGGAUCGGAAAAGCUCUCUGCUGAAUCCAUCUUUAAGGAGCAAUUUGAAGAAAACUGGUACAACACAUAUUCAUCAAACAUAUACCGGCAUGGAGAAAAAGGUGCAUUUUACUUUGUUGCUCUCAAUAAAGAUGGGACAUCCCGGGAUGGAACAAGGUCGAGACGACAUCAGAGGUUCACUCACUUCCUCCCGAGGCCUGUGGACCCAGAUAGAGUACCAGAGCUGUACAGGGACAUACUGGGCCAGAGCUGAGACUGAAGGGACAUUAUCAUGACUCUGUCUGAGCUGGAAAGCAACCCAAGUGCACCUAAUCCUUACCCCCUCUUGAGAGAGAUGGAAGAUCAGGACAAAAUGGAUUCAUAAACAGUGUGCCAAAUCAAGAGCCCCAUCCUAUGGUUUGGAGGAAGGAAACUAGUCAGGGAGCUUGACUCAGCACAAGGGAUCUCCUGUGGAAGACGUGAAGGCCCCAUGACUGACAACUUGGGCCCCUUAUUUUGCCCCUUUACUGGCCUAUGCAGAAGCCCGGGUAGCCAAACUGAUGAUUCAUGGAUUUUAUUGAUUUUCCAUUAAAUACAUCUACCUGCUAGUCCAAAUUGCAUGUUCAAGAGGGAGAAAGUGAGGGAACUAAUAGACGUGACUAACAAAUGCUGCUACCAGCUUUAGAUGCUGUGGCUGGUGACUCUUGUCAGUUUCACAGUUUUCAGUUAUUUUUAUUCAAAACACUACUGUGGCUGCUAAAUUAAUGAUUUAUGAAAAUGCUUAGUCCACUAAACAGUGUGACUGGUUUACACAAAAAGGUAGUUUCAUGCACUAGAAAUUAGCCAUGUCUGUUGUAGGAAACAGGUCUGAGAGCUCGGGGAAUCAUCUUGACCAGACUGACUUUUUAAAUGGAUUCACUUUGAAACUACUCCAAAGAGUGAUGCUGCUCAGCAAAUAUGACUUUUCUAAAAAGUGCAUGCGGAAAAAGAAAAGAAGGACAAAUCCAAUGGAGUUUUAUAAGGACUUCUUCUGUGGUGGAAUAGUGCGUGUCCUGUUAGAACUCUAGAGACUCUUGCUAGAACCCAGUGAAGGAAAUCUGUGGUUCUCCCACUAACUGUAGAACAAACACCGAGCACGGGACAGACGAAGACGCCUUUACGAACCAGUUGACAGAUUGUUUUCUUAUUUAUGAGUUUUUGUUUCCUAGGACAUACAGUAUAUUUAUUUCAUAUAUUUAUUUAUUUUGAGAAUAUAUUUUUACAGGUAUGAGAUUAAAUUAAAAAAAAGAUAUCAAUAACAAGCCAUGAGAGAGUUUUUACUUAUUUGUUGUUAUUGGGUUAGCUUUAUCUCCUUCAACAUCUGAAGAUUUUGUUGGAGCAACAAGUCCUUCACCUAAAAGUAGGUGUCAAAUAUAAUUAAAAAUGAAGAGAAUUAAGU